AUGCAUUUGCUCACCGCACCUUCAGUUGCAGGCGGCUUUUCAUUUCUCGCCAAUUUUUCGAACUCCGUCAGCGCAUCUGAGAUCCCCCUAAUAGGAACCCCGUUGAACCUCUCCUGCAGCCUACCUUCAAACAAGAGGCCAGCUUCACUGAGCGCUUUAAAAGUGUCGGUUUCAAGUGGCAGCAGCACGACUACAGUUGAUGGGCUCGAUCAGUCUCUACGCCUUGAAGAUGCUAGGCGUGCUCGGACGCUUGCUGACUGGAAAUCGGUAGUGUCGUUGCUGCACGAGGGAUCAGUCGUUCAAGGAAAAGUUGAAGGAUACAAUAAUGGUGGCUUGGUGAUAAGAAUUUAUUCCCUUUGGGGAUUUCUUCCGUAUCUGCAGUUGUCCCCCUCUCAUUCAUGCAAAGAACCUCACAAGACCUUCACAGAGAUUGCAAGAUCUUUGGUGGGUUCUCUUAUUCCUUUGAAGGUGAUCAAAGCAGAUGAGGUUAAUCAGCAGUUGAUAUUUUCAGAAAAGGAGGCCAAUUGGUCAAUAUUCUAUCCUCAACUGGAGAUAGGUGACAUUUUUCAUGCCAGGGUGGGAUCUGUAGAUAAAUUUGGCGCCUUUCUUCGUCUCCGUUUCCCAGAUGGGCUUUAUCAUCUCAGCGGAAGAGUGCAUGUUUCAGAAGUAUCAUGGGACUUGGUCCAAGACGUGAGAGAUGUCCUAGCUGUGGGUGAUGAAGUGAGAGCCAAAAUUGUGCAUAUAGAUAGGAAGAAGCCAUUGAUCAAAUUGUCCAUAAAACAACUGUUUGAAGAUCCUCUUAGAGAAACUUUUGACAAAGUUAUUCCUCAGGAUAUCUCAGCAGUUCCUGAUGCAUUAGAUGAAAGUGCUCUUGUUACCAUAGAACCUCUUCCAGGGCUUGACACAAUAAUUGAAGAGCUAUUGAAGGAAGAUGGCAUAGAUGGUGUGAAGAUCAGUGGACAAAGAUGCGAAAAAAGUGUACUUUCCCAGGAUUUGCAGCUUUGGCUUACAAAUGCACUACCUUCAGGAGGUCAAUACACCCUUCUUGCUCGAGCAGGAAGUCAGGUGCUAGAAUUACAGCUGACAACAUACCUUGAUCUCGAUGGAAUUAAGAGUGCACUGGAGCAGGUGCUGAAACGCGUUCCAUGA